AUGUGCCAUGGCGUGCUCUUCCUCAUGGGGGUGGGCUUGGCCGACUCCGAGAAUGAUCAGACGAUCUACCAGUGCUUCGAGCGUGGCUUUUUCUCGGCAGUGCAGUCCGCUGAUUGCCACCAUGAGAAUGGAGCGUUGGAGUGUCGUAACAUUCAAGGAGGCUUUGAUGAGGAACGUUGGCAGAAGUUGAUCAGUCAAAUGUGGAGAUUCAUUGGGUAUGCUGAAGAGUUUCCAGCACUGGCGCAUGCCGUGGCCAUGUCCUUAUACUCCUGGAUGUGGUGGGAAGGGCCCAACAACGACCAGGUGAACUUGGUCGCUGGGCGUUUGGCCUGCGACUUCUUCGCCAUGUCUUUGAGCUUCAACGACUGCGGCAAUCCAGCUUUGCCCUUGCAGAGUUUCUUUCAGCGGAACUGCCAUAUGAGGUGGCGCUACUUGUUAAUGAUCUCCUUCGAGUUAGCACGGCACUUGGCCUCAACACGGCAGCUGCGUGGUGCUACUGAAGCCUUCCGGGUCGCCACCAGCUACUGGCGCGCAAUGAAGCAGCUGCCACACUUCAGUUUCAUCGGCGAGGUCUCGUCUCCGCACCAUAUUAGUUUGAACGCCGACUUCUUUCCCGCCGCUGUGCUGCGACAAGGCCCGGUUUGGAGAAGUGCUCGGCAGGAGCUGGGCAUUGUGAGCUUUUUGGAGGAACACUUCAAGGUGAUCCAGGAAGAGUUGCUGCGAAUUCUAGAGGAUGAGUCGCUUUUCUAUCAGCUGAACCAACUCACCCGGAACGCAGAGCCGCAGUUUAGCCCGCGAGACGAUGACUGGCUCACUGCCUACCUGGUCCGUGGGGCUCAGUUCCACGAAGAGGUCUGCUCUUUGGCACCUGGAACCUGUGCUUUGCUUCGAUCCCGCCCCGAAGUGGCGCAGUGUUUCUCGCCCCUCUCGGGUUCAGGAUUCCUGCGCAUGCGCCCAGGGGGUCGCCUGAAGCCACACUUCGGGGGCGCGCCGCGUUUGAGUGCUCACUUGGCGUUGCUGGUGCCUCAGGGCGAACUCUUCAUGUCCGUCGGCAACGAGCAAGUCAGAUGGGUGGAAGGGGAGGUGAUCGUUUUUGAUGACACCUUCAUCCACAGUGUCACUCACAAUGGUCAAGAAGCAAGGUACGUUUUAAACCUUUGGAUGUGCCAUCCCUGCGAUCCAACUGAGAAUCAUGGAGCAGCCGAUCGCAAAAUCCCAGAGUUUUGUGAAGGACCCGAGCAAGGCCUGCUCCCUCCUGCACUCCGGUAG